AGUGAAGUGAACCAAUAACUUGGUGAUGUAUUUUAAAUCCGGCUCAUCAGUCCUGUGAGACUUUUAACAGGGAGACAACAGAUAUCACAGACGUGUCCUGCAGGAGACACGAGGAUCCCAUUCAUGGAAACAUGAAGAACAAAACAACCCAAUGAGCUGAUAUCUGGACCAUGGAGAAGAAGAAGAAGAGGAAGAAGAAGAAGAGACACAAGUUUCUCUCACUCCGGCAGGACAACAGGUGUCAGGCUCGCUCGUCCAUGUGGUCUCGGCAGCAGCUCAGAGGCCAGCCGCUGUCUGCAGAGCCCAGGAAAGGAGUCUGAUGUUGGGGGGAGAGAGAUCCUGCCAAUGCCCCCUGUCAUCACAUCAGACGACCAACACAGCGCCCCCCCCUCCCCACACACACACACAUGCAUAUUCACCUGAAACAUGCUAUAGCCGCCUGACAGCCGAUCAAAAUGAUGGCCUCUGUGGUUGUCAGGGGCACCCGGAAGAAGUCUCUCACGUUGAGAGGAGUGGACCCGGAGACCUGCAUGAUCGUGUUUAAGAACCAUUGGGCACAGGUCGUGAAGAUUCUGGAGAAACACGAGCCGGGUCGCAGCGGUGCAGGUGCGUUGAGUUUCCUCUCUGGUCAUGUUAGCAGCACCAGCGGUUCCGGAGCGUUACGCCUCGGCCCCAUCCCGGCUGAUGAAGCCAGCGCCGUCCAGAACUAUGUGGAACACAUGCUCUUCCUGCUGAUGGAGGAAGACGCAGGUCAAGGAGGAGCAAUGGGUCCGAUCCUGGAGUUUGUGGUUCUGGAGGGUGUGAUGGAGAGGUUGUUUCUGUGGAGCCUGAGGAGGCAGUUUACUGAGGACAUGAAGCUGGAGCAGCUCAGGAUGUACCAGAUGCUCCUGUCUCAGGCCAAACAGCCGCUGCUGCAUCAUAAACCUGUUCUCCGACCGCUCAUGAUGCUGCUGGCCUCGUGUGCUGGAGCUGGAACCGACAGCGGCGGUGUGGUGGAGGCGGAGCUCGUCCUCCUGCUGAACCAGCUGUGUGUCGCUCUGGUCAAAGAUCCCUCAGUGCUGGAGCUGUUCUUCCACACGAGUGAGGACCAGGGAGCCGCCAACUUCCUCCUGUUCUCCCUGCUCAUACCAUACACACACAGACAGGGUUCAGUCGGUCAACAGGCCCGAGACGCUCUGCUGCUCAUCAUGUCUCUGUCGUCCUCUGAGCCUCGAGUCGCUCAGCACAUCGGAGAGAACACAUACUUCUGUCCUGUGAGUACACACACACACACACACACACACACAAACACACACACAGGAUUGAGAGCGUGAACCUUGGAGCUUCAUUCUAAAAUACCUGAGGA